AUGAACAAUUUCGGGCUAGGAAGAGGGAGGUGUAGAAGAAUCGUCAUUUCUCGCAAUGAAAUUAAAUCAGACAAAAGCUUGUCUGUUGGGAUUGGCAAUUUGUGCAACAAGUACUGCAACUUGUCGGUCGUAGUAAUAUUUCUUCUUGUUGUUGUUGCACAUAUUCCGUUGGGAUUGUGGAUAAAAAGGGCAACAAGACCUACAACGUUGUUAACUCAAGGUGAAAUAUCUAGAUUGACAAUUUUGAUUAACUAUGAUGGGAGGUGGGUUAACUCGACGUACGAAAAUUGCAAAACUAAAGGAGUACUCGUUUCAGAUAAAAUUACAAUGGAGGCGCUUCGGAAGAAAGUGUACAACAUUGUGAAUGUGGACCCAAAUGAGUAUGAGAUAACUAUGAAAGUUAUAUAUGAAGCAAUGAAAACUGCAUGGCCGGCAGAGAUAGCUGAUGAUGAUGACGGUAAAAUAAGCAAUCAACAAGCUCCAUCGGUUGACGUCGGACAAGAAUCAAUGCCAGUGGACCUCAACGUGAGUACUCAAGUUGUUUUAGAAGAUAAUCAUGAUUCAGAAAAUGACUUGGGAAACAAAGAAUUUAAGGACUCUGAAUCUGAAGUGGAAAACAAUAGAACAAAGCUAGAUAAGUUGCAUUGUGAGAACAUGCAAUGUGAGGAUCUGGCAUAUGUAGAGGCUGAUAAUAUAUUCCAAGAUAAUGCUGAAUUCAAUGAAUUGUGUGGUGUGGGGUGUAAUGACGUACCAGCUAUCAGUGUGCAGUUUGAUGAACCCAACUCUGACAAACCAAAUUCUCUUGAGUAUUCAAGAAUGAAAAUACUUCAAAAGGGGUUCUGUGAUUUUCAAGGUGAGGCAGCCAAAAUGGAUUCACAUGUGAUAGAAUGGGCUGAUAAGUUGGUGCAAGAAAACAACACAAAAAUGUUAUCAUUGCAGGAUAUGGUGGCUGAGAUUGCUAUGAAAUGGACCAAAGUUCUGAGAACUGGAGCUCUUGGGUAA